AUGGUGGCAAAAGAGAAGAAGUCUGGCAUUACCGUAGGCAUAAAUAGAGGUCAUAAAGUAACACCACGAGAACUGCGACCAAAGCCUUCUCGUAAGAAGGGGGUCGUUAGCAAUCGGACAAAAUUUGUCCGCGAUGUAAUUCGUGAGGUUGCUGGUUAUGCUCCUUAUGAAAAACGUGUAAUGGAAUUGUUGAAAAAUUCAAAGGAUAAGCGCGCAAGAAAAUUGGCUAAAAAGAGAUUGGGAACCUUUACUCGCGCAAAAAAAAAGGUUGAAGAACUUAGCAACAUUAUCGCUGAGUCUCGUAGGGCUCACUAA